AUGAACGGACAGGAGGAAGACCUCGGUGCGUUUGAUCCAAACAUCCCGGAGGAAGGGCCCUCAGCGCCCCCCCCUGGCUUCCUGGAUGAUGUGCACGGAUACCUGGGCCACAAAGGAGAGGGGGACAACCCGUUGUACCCGCCCCCGCCUGCCUACGUCCCGCAGCCUGAACUCAACAAGAACACGCUGGUGCCCGACGUCAAGGUCCCCACCGUGUCGGAGGACGUUGCCAGAGAAGCCCUGCUGAAGUUUGUGGAGUCAAAGUGGCGCUACAGCUCCAAACCAGCCAGGAACUUGGUCUUCAAAGAGCUCAAACCCAUCACGGUGUACAGGUAUCGACUGGAGACGUACACAGAGACCAGAACCAGCGCCUGGGAGUUUGAACCCUUCACUGGGCAGGUGGUGGACGGUCCUCAGUACGGAGUGAGUCCUCCUCCCUGGGACAUCCCCGUGAUGCUGCCUCAGAGAUACAGCGACCGGGUGGACAAGAUCCGCGUGCCGCACUCGUCCUUCGUGAAGAUGUGUCACAAGUGCAACGGCUGUGGGAGAACCCGCUGUGUCGGCUGCCACGGAAGAGGCCAGAAGCGCUGUCCGUUCUGCCACGGUCACGGUCGCUCCAGAAACAAACGCUGCACCUCCUGCCACGGCCGAGGACGCAAGAGGUGCUUCUCCUGCAGCGGGAUGGGCUAUAAGACCUGCUCUGUAUGUCAGGGCAGCCAGAACAUGCUGCACUUCAUCCAGCUCACCGUUACAUGGAAGAACAACGUAACCAAUUUUAUUCCCGACCGCCAGCCGGAUUUCCCAGACAAGAACUUUGAGAACGUUUCAGGAGAUCCCUUCUUCAUCGAUGAGUGUAACCUGGUUUACCCCAUCCAGGGUUUCCCCGAUCAGGAGAUCUGCGAUGUUUCUAGAAAGAUGAUUGGCGAAGACUACAGUCGCUUCAGUUCCACCAGCCGCAUCCUGCAGCAGCGGCAGACCAUCGAGCUGGUUCCUCUCACCCACGCUCUCUACACCUACAGCGGGAAGGACUACAGCUUCUACGUGUACGGGAUGGAGAACCAGGUGUUCGCUGCCAAAUAUCCCUCCGCCUGCUCCAUCUUAUAAACACGUAUGCUAACAUGUUUAACCCCAAAGUCAUGUGGAGCUUCACCGUCGUCCAUCACCAAAGACCUGUAGAUGAAUCGUACUGUCUGUUUGAUACGGUGCGUUCAAAGACCCAACAAAGCGUUCACGUUAUCCGGAAACAUGUCAAAUUAAGACUAAAUGUUGUUCUUAUGCAUGUUUCACAGAAACACGCACCCUAUCUUCAGGAAGAGAAGUGCCAUCAGGGUUUCACAGAUGGUCUAAAUUCUGAAGCAGGAAUCUUUAAUUGUUAUUGAAGAGUCGCCAAAUAAAGGCUCUAAAAUGACUUAUUAGUGAGAACCAACAUUUACCUUUGACAAUAUGUUACAUUAACAUCAUAUUUACUGUGUAUAUAUAUAUAUAUAUAUUACGCCUUCAUUUAUCACAGUGGACAUGGCUUGUGUAUCUCCACAUUCCCAAUUAAAGAAGCAGGCAUUACAGGACGAGUGCAGAGCAACUAAUCAAACGAUUUCAAAAUAAGAGGAGAUAUUCGUCUGUACCGAGGCCCCAGCAUUUCCUACUCAUUUUACAGCCUGUUGAUUAUAAAUAUAUGUAGAAUUCUUUAUUUAGUGGGUGUUUGAUCUUCUUUCUAUGUUAGAGUUUGCAGGACGUUGCUUUUGUAAGGAUUUUACCACUGUAACAUGUUAAGAACAUACAAGUUUAAAGACAUACAACAACUGUACAUUUGAUUUGAAAUGUUCUUAAUGCUCUUUGUACUGCAGAGUGACGCCCAACACAGACUACUCAUGACCUGGGGCGGUUUAGGAUGGCGUUUAGUAUGUUCUUGGUAUGACAGAAGCGUGUGUCCUGACUGGAUUUAGGAAGAAGAAUCAUAUUUUAGGAUAAAAAGCCUCUUCCUGGGUCAGUGAUCAGAAUUUGAUACUCAUUUUUACAGCCUUUUUAUUAUACAGAAGUAUGAUCAUGUAGAUUAGGUUUUUUUAUGUGGGUUUUAUCCCCUUUGUAUGUUAGAUGUCUUCAUGUCUCUCAGGUUUCUGUGUAAAAUCCAUCCACAUGUGAGGUCAGUUUGCAGGACGUUGUCUUUGUAUGUCUCUGUGUUUGAAGGAGUUUACCACCUUUAACUGUAAAGGAAAUACAUGAUUAAAGAUACAGUACGUAAAGCUGGAGAGUACUUCCCUCCUUUACGCCACACCUCCAUAAGUAUAUGACUUUAUAACACGUCUCAUAACCAUUCAUAAUAAAAGGAUGUCGUGGUGUCA